CGUUGUGAGAAGCGUGCCGCGUGGAUUCGCUCGUGUUUUUCUGAAUCGCGAUUCAUGCGCUGGGACUGCUGGGAGCACCUAGUUAAGCGCAUUCUUCCUUGUUUCGCUGAGCGUUCCGUAAGCUCGCAUGUUUGCACACUUCGUGCUCUGCGAUAUUAUUUGCACAUGAAAAAAUGGCGAGUAUAGGCAAAAGGACACUCUUGCGUGAUGUCAAUCCACAUCUAAUAUGCCUAUUAUGCCGAGGUUAUCUUAUAGAUGCCACAACCGUGGGAGAGUGUUUACAUUGCUUUUGUAAAAGCUGCAUCUUGAAGUAUCUCAGUACUGCAGCGCAUUGUCCAUUGUGCAAACAUGCGAUCAACAAGGCAAAGCCAAAUUUCAAAGCUGACAAAGCGUUACAAGAUAUUGUAUAUAAAUUGGUGCCCGGGUUAUACCAUAGGGAAAUGUUAAAGAGGAGAGAAUUUUACAAGAAGCAUUUUGAACACGCAAACUUGGCAACGCCGGAGCAACGCGGCGAGGAUGUAAGCGGACGUUUAAUAUUUAAUCCAGAGGAUGUAGUGAGUUUGAGCUUGGAGUACCUACCACCUGGAGCAGAUCCACUGACUAUAUUGAGUACCAACGACAUGGAUACAAAUCACUCGAACGAUUCAAAUAGUAACAAUAAUAACAGUAAUUACAACGAUAAUACUGUUAACAAUAGAAGAUAUCUGCAAUGUCCGGCUCUAGUAACUGUUGCACACCUGAAGAAAUUUAUAGCAAUGAAGUACAGCGUUGAUGUAACGAGAUACACCAUCGAGAUUUGCCAUCGACGCGCAACACUUCCCGAAAACUGGACUCUUAUGGACGUUGCUUAUAUUUAUGCGUGGAAAAGGAUUGCACCGAUGAGGUUUUUUUAUCGAGUGGCACAAGAGGAACAAAGACUCGAAGCACCGUUGCAUCAAAGACCAUCGACUCCGGGACUCGGAGCUCGGGAGUGUUUGCCACCAAAUGAGCAGCAGAACGAUAGUAAUUCAGAGAGUAAUCCCGUUAAUCAUUUAGAAACUUCUAGAUUAGAGAUUAAAUCUACGAGCGGCAGUGUUGAGGCAAUAUCAGCAAAAGAUUUGAACAAGACUGCCAAUGAUGAGAUAAUUUCAUCCGUGGAUCAUAAGCAAACAGCAGUCAAGCUGAACAAAGAGAAAGAUGAAGAAAACAAAAUGACGAUAAUUGCUAUGUCUGUAACGUCGUCGACAACAAACAUCACGAGUACGGUGACGACCACAACGACGAAUGCAUCUCCUUUAUCAGGGACGAACACGUCCCCUUCGAUAGACAACGAUUCGAAUAAGCAGAUAAAGAGUCCAAUUAAGAUAUUGAAGAAUCCAGACGGAAGAUACGAGGUACUAAAAAAUUCGACCUCUGCUACGGAUGUCAAGAGUCCUACGAAUCCUGAGUUUAGUGUUGUGAAUUCUAACGGUGUAAAGAUAACACUGAAGCAGUGUUCGCCACCGCAGAAUAGUAGUGCGAAAAAACCAAGAGUCAUUAGCAAUAUUCUAUUGCGUUGCGCCCAAACGGAGAAAGAUACGCCGCAGUCAUCGAGCGCGUUAAUGAUCCAGCAAUUGCAGCAAGAGCAAGAUAAGGGCAAACUUACCACAACGAGUCCGAUACUGCCAGGUAAACAGGAAAAGCAACGACGUAAAGUAACUUUCAUGGAUCGAUCUCCGACGUCCGAGAAGACUUCUCCUAUUACCAAUGUUAUCAUACCGAAAACUGCAUUGAAAAAACCGGCGGAACAGCAGGACAAGAAGCAGUUCCUACAAGGUUUUCAAUUGACCGCUAGAGAGCCAUCAAUGCCGGACGAUAGCAAAUCUCUCUCUCGAGAUAUUAGUGUUGCGAUGAACAUUGAAAAACGAAUAUCGAAGAUGGAAGAAUCUUUUAAAAAGAAAGACUCUGACGAAGUCAAGAAGAAAAAGAAUGACAUUGAAAACACCAGCUCGAAUGCGAAUAAUAGCACUACUAUUACAAAUAUGAUCGCGAAACGUGUUGUUGAUGAACGCGCGUGUAAUUCAGGAAUGAGUUCAAACAGUACGAAUAUCGCGAGCGGCAAUCAUGCCGCCAAAACAGACGUGUACACCUUCGCCAGCGAUCCGUCAAUUGUUCCAGCUGGAGCGGUCAAGAGAAAAUGUCCUCCAGGUGUACCGAUUGUUGACUUGAAGCGUCGAAAAACAUCGCAAUUAGUACAGAAACAGGAAACUAACAAGAAACAAAACAUUUCUCAAUCUAAUUCUGUUAUUAACAAGCAUACUUCUCCCACGGAACAUGUAGUUCCUAUAAAUAGAGCGAUCAAUGUGAUAGGAAAUCAAGAUGUCGGAUCGAGCCGUCUAUCCAAUGUGAAUAACACAAAAGCAUCGACUGGUCCAUUGCUUUCAAAUGAUACUAGAGAUCUACUAGUGGACGGCUACGGUUUGAAUAUACCAGCGAGUUUGAGCAUAACACUAACUUCACCCAAAUCUCCGGGAACUUUUGGACAAUUCGUCGAAUCCAACGAUUCCAGUGAUAAUAGUCGGAAGGUCGCGAUUGGCAAAGUAAAUCCCAGCAUCACGUUGAACGACUGUUCGGUCGAUCCGCGCGUGUUGAAAGCUCUGAAGACUGGACAGAUUAGAAUGCCAACUACUUUGCCGAAAGUUAAAUCAACAACAGCAGUGACGGCGACAACAACGGUGGCGGCGGGGACGGUAAAACAGAUGAUGACUAUGAUGAUGACCGAUUGUGGAGAGGUAGCAAAUCAACAACGUAUGAUACCAUCUGCUGCCAAACGAAAAAGAGAAUAUGAAUCGUCUAAGGAUAUUCUGGAUUUGAGUGGAGGCAAUAAAAAGAUGGACAUACAUCCUCUGAGAAUUCCACAGCCGGGAACAAAACUUAAUAAGACUAAUAAAGUUAUGGUAAGUAGAGAUAAUAUGCAACCAGGAAGUAUCUCCGAUCAAGGUCAAGUGGUGACGCUGAUGAGUGGUCACAAAUAUUACCGAGCGCCACCAGGCUCUUUGACACCUGCCGCUCAUCGCGUCAACGAUUGUCCGCUAUCGUCAUCGUCAUCGCGUACACCUGUCUAUGCGCCGUCUUUCAGUAGCUUCAAUCGAUCAAACUCAGAUCUUUCGUCUGUCUUCCCGAGUCUGCCGAGUCUUUACGCUCUUCAUCAGGCGCCAAAUCUUCAGCAAUUUCAAAUGGAUACAGCACGGUCGAAAUUGCGACCUAUUGUAGGAAGUGGAGUAAUGUCUGCGAUUGGAAAUGACAAUGUUAAUCUCAAUAUUAGUGGUAUAUCAGGAAAGAGUCACCUGGCUGCUCAGUGUGCACCUAUUAAGCCCGCAAGAUCUUCCGUAGCACCCUUAGCGGUUCCCAUCAACAAGCAACAACCUAUUGAAAAAUCCACAAAUAUUAACGUUAAUCGAACAAUCCCGACUGUUGAUUCAAACAAGUCUCUAGCUUUUCGUAACAAUGAAGCUCUCGAAUCUACAGAUGAAACUCGUAUCCAAAAGAGAUACUCUUCGAAUGUUGAAAACAUAAAUAAUAGAUUCUUGUCGCAGAGUGAAUGUGCGACAAAUAAUGAUCAAGCCACUAAUGAGACAACCAGGAAUUCGAAUUCCGAGUCCAAAAAUGAAAUCAUUAAUACUAAUGAUAAUUUGGUGCAACAGCAUCGCGAAGCAACGAGUCCUAAUAUCGUAUCAUCAACGGCUUCACCGUCACCACCUCCUGACAAUGAUGGCAUGAUGAACGCGAAGAAUGAGGGUAGUGCUAAGAACGGUGAUAUCAACGACAACAAUUCGAAUGGAAGUAAUAACAAACAAAAGAGUACCAGUUCCGAAGUGACGUGCAGCAAAUCGCCAGAUAGUCCGGAUUCCAGUUCAAUCACAAUAGAGAAUUCGGGGACAAGUAAGAGCUCAAUCUUAACGGAUCGGGAAAUGCCAGCGGAUCAUACGGUUAAAGCUUCGGAAUCAGCCGUGAAUCCAGAUAAUAGUGUCGUUGAUGAUUCGACCAUUACUGACGACAAGAAUAAGUUUGCCAAUAAAUCGGAAGCGACUGAAAUCGCGGAACAAUUGACCUCUGUGCAAAAAAAAUUGCUAGCAGUUUUUCCUUCAACUGAUUGGGCGAAGAAUCCUGUAGCCGCUGAACACUUGGGAAACUUCCUCAAGAGUUUGAAUGCCACGAUAAAAAGCGAAGAAUUUGUCGAAGGAUCCAAGACAAAGAAAAUCGACCAGAAAAUUAUCGGAAAUGACGAUAAUAAUAAGAAGAGGUAAUGACACAUCUUUCGUGAGAUUGAAAGAUUUUUUAAGAUAUUUUCGAGCGAUUGUACGAUUCAUACGACAUUGCAAAAAUGGUGUCAAACUUAUAUCAUUUUACGUGUAAUGGGCUUCAUUUUGAUUAGAAUUAAUUCUGAACAAUUCCAUAAUACGUGCCCAGGAUUUAUAAUUUUGACUUUCAGUUUCUUUUAUCUUGAUUAGACUUCUUGUUAUAAGCUGAAAGUUUCAUUGAAUUUUAUCUAGUUAUCUCGUAUGCAGAAAACAAUGAUGAGAAAAAUAUAUGGCCUACCGAGUACAGAUAAAUUCUAAGACGCUGUCAUACAAAUUGGAAGAUGCAUAAAAUUAUUUUUAAUUGAAAUAUGUACAGUUACUACAAUUCAUGUGAGAAAAGACUUU